AUGGUGUCGGAUUCGUGUUUCUCUUACCUGCAUAUGGAUGGCCAUGCGUCGGUGCUGUUUGUGGAAUCCUGGGAUACCAAGAAACUACGGUGGGAUGAUAUCGAUAUUGCGACCGAGAUUGACCAACAUGAGAACCUCCUUGAGCAAUUCCUAUCACCGAACGAGGGGAAUGAAGAUGAGCUGGGUACUAUGGGGGCCAAUGGUCCCAUAUUUAACUCGUCGUAUGCAAACCGGAUGAAACAGAAAAAUAUGAAAUUGAACUGGAAAGAUGUGAAUCUUGAAGGUUUCCAACCUUCUCUUCCCAACGAGUACCAUGAUUAUACCAUUCUCAAGAGGCCCAAUUUGGACAACGUUGAUUACGAUGAGCAACUGGAUAGUUUCCUAGGUCAGGGGAAUAGAAAUGAUGACAGUUUGAGGAUCCUAGAAGGCUUGGAUCGUCCUGUACGUGCUGGUGAAAACUUAAACACUGAGAUGGAAAUGGGAAUGGAGAUGGAAAUGGAAAUGGAAAUGGACAUUGAUGGGAACCCCGAUCUAGAGCAUAGUACCUAUCCUAUUCUCAGAAAUGUCCCUACAGGAGACUUGUCAAGAAGCUUUUCCCAGCAGAUCCAUACACCUGUAAUAAACAACAGAGUUUACUUUCACGAAUUUCCUGGGGGGUCUGUCCGUAAGGUAUCUUCGCAGCAGAGAAGACAAACUACGGAUACCAGCAACACAUCCAACAUAAACUAUCAUACACCAAGGCAUGAUAAUAUUAGGUAG